UACCACUCACAAAGUAAAUUGUGCUAUUUCAAUUCAUGGAGAUUUCUAGUUGUUGUUUUUCCUUCUCCAUCUUCUUCAUGCAGUUCCUACUGGUUUGCAUGACCAUUAAUGCCCGUACCAACAUCACAACCGACAAACACGCCCUCCUUUCUUUGAAAUCUAGUAUUUCUUUUGAUCCAUACAAUACUUUAACUCAUAAUUGGUCGAUCAGCAAUGUAUCUCCUUGUAACUGGGUCGGAGUUACUUGUAGCUCUCGUCACAAUAGAGUGACAGCUUUGGACCUUUCUUACAUGGAUCUUGUGGGAGAAUUAACUCCACAUUUAGGAAACCUCUCAUUCCUUAUUUCACUUAACCUGAACCAGAACAGUUUUCAUAAUUCCUUGCCUCAAGAGCUUUCCCAAUUGCGACGUCUGAAAACUCUUGAAUGCAGCGUCAACAACUUUAGUGGGAAGAUUCCUUCUUGGUUAGGCCUCUUACCAAACAUCAAAUUUUUGUUUCUGGGAAAUAACAGUUUUAGCGGUUUUCUUCCCCCUUCGCUGUUCAAUCUUUCAAAACUUGAGAUCUUACACUUAGGAGUCAAUUCUCUUGAAGGAACUAUUCCUAGAGAUAUUGGCAACCUUCCUCGGCUAAAGUGGUUAAACAUAAGCUUUAAUCAUUUUAGUGGGAAUUUUCCUUUAGGCAUCUUAAAUUUGUCUAUGAUGGAAACUUUAUCUCUCUCAUCUAAUAGCUUAUCUGGUCAUCUUCCACUUGAUUUGGGAAAUCAUCUUCCAAGGCUCCAAACAUUUAUUAUGGUUAGGAAUAAAUUUGAUGGUGAAAUUCCUUCAAGUUUAUCAAGAUGUUCAUUGCUUCAAACAAUAGGUUUGUCUUACAACAAAUUUAGCGGAAAUAUACCAAAGGAAUAUGGGAACUUAACGCAGCUUGAGUGGUUAGAACUUAACAACAAUCACUUAACAGGCGCUAUUCCAAAGGAGUUGUGUGUUUCAUCAUCUUUGAGUUAUCUUUUCUUAUAUAGCAACAUACUCUCUGGAGCUAUACCAAAGGAAAUUGGAAACUUAACAGCAAUAGAGCUCUUAUCUAUUGAAUUCAACAACUUCGGAGGUGAAAUACCACAAGAAAUUGGAAAACUUUAUACAUUGAAGUGGGUAGGCUUGGGAUCGGCUAACUUAAGUGGGACAAUACCAAAGGAAAUUUUCAACAUUUCUUCAUUGAUAUUUAUUGAACUUUCAGACAACAACCUUGUGGGCACACUUCCCACAAGUAUUGGGUAUGCUCUACCAGAUUUAGAAACUCUCUAUCUUGGUAUCAAUUUCAUCUCGGGAGCUAUACCAGAAUCAAUCUCAAAUUGUUCAAAACUUGCUAUCUUAUCUCUUGAAGGCAAUAGAUUCAGCGACACGUUACCUACAUUUCUUGGAAAUCUAAGGCUCCUAGAAGAGCUACAUUUGCAAGGUAACUUGCUCACUAACAACCCUGCAUCACAAGAGUUAAGUAUCAUCAACUCCUUGGUUAAUUGCAAUUAUAUAAGACACGUAUUGUUAAGUAGUAACCCUUUAUAUGCUAUCCUUCCAUCAUCCAUUGGGAAUCUUUCCUCAUCUCUUGAGUUUCUUGCUGUUGAGGACUGUGGGUUAAAGGGCAUCAUUCCUAACCAAAUUGGGAACUUAAGUGGCUUGGUUACCUUAAAUCUGGAAAGCAAUAACUUGAGAGGGUUUAUUCCACCAGUUCUUGGAAGGGUACAUGAGCUUCAACGAUUGUAUCUUGGUAGGAACAAAUUCAAUGGUCCGAUUCCUCAUAGCCUUUGUGAAGCCAAGUAUCUAGGGGAAUUAUAUUUACACAAUAAUCAACUUUCUGGGGGUGUACCAAAAUGCUUUGGUAAUAGUACUUCCCUUAGGCAUAUUGAUUUUGGUUCGAACCGUUUGUCUUCUAGAAUACCUUCAAGCUUGUGUUCUCUCAAAGAUCUAUUGACCCUUGAUUUGAGCUCCAAUUUCUUAGAUGGAUUUUUACCAAUUGAAGUUGAAGGGUUUAAGGAACUUUACAUUCUUAACAUCUCUCACAAUGAGAUCUCAGGAAUUAUCCCUGUUACAAUUGGACAGUUGCAAAGUUUGGAAUCUCUUUCCCUUGCACACAAUAGACUAGAAGGGCCUAUUCCGAAACAAAUAAGUCAAAUUGUUUCCUUGGAAUUUUUAGACUUAUCUUUGAAUAGACUCUCGGGUUCAAUUCCAGUGUCUUUGGAAGGACUUACAUACCUCAAAUACUUUAAUGUCUCUUUCAACGAAUUAAGUGGUGAAAUUCCAUCCGAUGGUUGUUUCAAGAAUCUCACAAGCGCAUCGUUCUUGUUCAAUGAGGGGCUGUGUGGAAUUCCAAAAUUUCAUGUCCCACCUUGUCAUUCUGCUCACCAUUCAAAGAUUAAAACAGGAUUUCUCAUUGUUGUUGCAGCUUUGGGAGUUGCUUUAAUAAUUAGUUUUUUAAUUAUUGCAAUUAUCUUGACAAGGCAACCAAAGAAACUUGAUGUCCCAAGUGUGAUGAAUAUCCACACUCCAUUGGAUGAAAUAAGGAUAUCUUAUUUUGAACUUGCAAGGGCUACGAGUGGAUUCAGCCAAAGUAAUCUUAUAGGUUCAGGGAGUUUUGGCUCUGUUUAUAAAGGGAUUUUGAAUAACGGAAUGCCUAUUGCAGUGAAGGUGUUUAAUCAAUCAGAACGUGCACUUAGGAGUGUUGAUGUUGAGUGUGAAGUGUUGAAGAACUUACGCCAUCGAAAUCUCACUAAAGUUAUUACAUGUUGCUUUUCUGACAACUACAAGGUCUUGGUCCUUGAAUACAUGUCAAAUGGAAGUCUUGACCAGUGGUUGCACUCACAGAGUAACUACUUAGACAUUAUUCAAAGGUUGAAUAUAAUGAUUGAUGUUGCAUGUGCCCUAGAGUAUCUUCACCACGGUUACACAAUACCAAUAGUUCAUUGUGAUUUAAAACCUGCAAAUGUGUUAUUGGAUGAAGAUAUGGUUGCCCACGUAAGUGAUUUUAGUGUGACAAAGCUUUUAACCAAGGAGGAAAACGUCUUGCAAACAGAAACUCUAGCAACAUUGGGCUAUAUGGCACCAGAGUAUGGAUCAACGGGAAUGGUAUCAACACAAUGUGACACUUACAGCUUUGGGGUUGUGUUAAUGGAAACAUUCUCGAAAAGAAGGCCCACAGAUGAAUAUUUCAGUGAGGAUUUGAGCUUAAAAAGUUGGAUGAGAAAUUCUAUACCUCACCACAUACUUGAAGUUGUAGAUUCCAGCUUAUUUAUUAGGGUAGAGGAUAAAGACUUCACUGCGAAAUUGCAAUGUAUAUCCUCUAUACUGGAGUUGGCAUUACAAUGUGUUGCGGACUCUCCAGAAAUGCGAUUAAAUAUGAAAGAUGUAGUAGCAAGGUUGAAUCGAAUCAAACUUCAAUUUCUAAGAGAUUGUGAUGUAACCUCAAAUCGUGCUCGCAGAGCUUAAAAGUGGGGGAGGAAAUGAGGUUAAUUGCUCAACUAAAUCUCUGCAUGGUAAGGUAAGGUAAGACAAUAAUAUCUUUUGAACUAGUGAUCCUUAUCUUGAUCGCAAUUGUAUUUAUGCAUGUCAUUAGAAAAUAGUAGAAGAUUUUCUUGCUAUAGAUUUUUUAAUUUCUUAAUUAAAAUGUAAUUCAAUAUUAUUUGUCUUUUAGGAUGCUAUAAAUUGUACUCUUAAGUCUUAAUAUAAUGCUAUAGUGAUAUUCUGGACAGGAAGGAGUCACCUUAGUUGUUGUUGUGCUUUUGUCUGGUUUGAUGUUUUUAAAAUCAUGGUUGACAUUUUCUCUUUAUUUUUACUUAGGUUUUUGAUAGUCUUAGGUUCAUUUUCUUGUUAGACCUUUUGUUUUUGCCUUUUUGGUAUAGUAAGUUACAAUUCUCGAGCACUUUUUAUUAUAUGGUGCGUAAAAAUUAUCUUUGUAUAGAUUUAAUAGUUUUAAUUGAUAUGAUUUUAAUUUAUGGACUUAGACUCUCCAAAAUUUAUUUUGUAAUACCUUCAUGGGUUAAUAUAAUUCUUGUGUAGACAAAAAUUAGGACUUUUUUUUUUUUGAAAACACAAAAAUUAGGACUUCGUUGAAAUAGAAAUAAUAUAUUUAAGUGAUGAUUGAUUUCAAUUUUAUGAACCCGCAACCUUGUUUUAUGAAAAUGUUUUUUUCAGACGCAGUGACUAAUUCCCUUGCUGAAUUGUAGGCACGCACUUCUAAGUGUGGAACAGUUGACUUGAAGAUUUAAGGAUGCUUUUUACUUAAAUUCAAUGAUCCACCCCUUGACGUUUGUUUAAAAUGUAGAAGUCUAUUCCACUCAACCACACCUCUUAAAUUGUAAGAAUUAAUUCCAACAAUGGUCCCCUGACUAUGUUGAUUUUCCAAAAUUGGUCCUCAUCUUUUAAUUUGGACGAAAAAACACUUGACUAUUGAAUUUGUUUCGACGAGGGUCCUUCCAUUUAUGUCCAGUUAGUGAGGUGUUAAAUGUGGGAGUAAAUUAGUCUUUUCAAGGUCUUCUUCUUCCCCUUUAGCUUUCCCCAGGUUAAAUGAUCAAACCCAACAACUUUCCCAGCAGCAAAUUUAUUCAAAUUUCGCAAAUCACAAAUCAACAACCAAGCCGAUUUCAAUGUUUCACAAUUCACAAAUCAACAACCAAAAUGUAUGAAUUUUAUGAAACAUUGAAAUCCACUGCCAGUGGAGACGUGUGACGGCGGCGGCGACGUGACUGGUAGACGAGCAUGCGACGGCGGUGGCGUGAGGCCUGGAUGCGACGGCGGUGGCGUGAGAUCCAGCGUGCGGCGGUGGCGUGAGAUCUUGCGUGCGACGGCGGUGGCGUGAGAUCUGGCGUGCGUCGGCGGUGACGUGAGGUCUAGAGUGCUCCGGCGGUGGCGGUGGCGUGAGAUCUGGAGUGCGAUGGUGGUGGCGUGCGACGGCGAUGACGUCGGUGAGGUCUGUUGUGCGACAGCGGUGACGUGGGUGAGGUAUGUGUGCGACGGUGACGGCGAAGGGAGUAACUCCUUUUCCAGCUUCCCUGCUCUUGAUGUGGGUUUCAUUUUCUGAGUUGGGAUUGGCUUGAUUCAAUAGCAUUUUAUUUGAUUUUUGGGUUUAAAGUACAUUAAUUUAGUGCCAUCUAUGAGUUUUAAUUUUGAUUCUGGGUUUGGGUGUUCUGAUUUGUUGAACAGGAAGGGCAAGAAGAUGCAUAGCUAAGGAAAUUACAUUUGUACUCCUCUACUUAACGGCUGUCUAACACCACAUAAACGGAAGGACUCUCGUCGGAACAAAUUCAAUAGUCAAGUGUUUUUUUCGUCCAAAUUAAAAGACGGGGGCCAAUUUUAGUAAAUCAACAUAGUCGGGGACCAUUGUUAGAAUUUUUUUAUUUUUUUUUGGUGAGAGGACCAUUGAUGAAAUUAACUCUAAAUUGUAAUGUAACAUUGACCUAGAUCCGUGAUAUAUAUUUUCCCUCAAAUGAGUGGUGGUUUGUUAAA